UUCUCUCCUCUUUAUUAUGUAACCUGCAAACUCUGUUUCACGAAAUCCUUUCUCCAUUUCUUUGCAAAAACCCUAGUGUCUGCAAGGUUUAUCAAUAAGUCCUGCGCCCCGAGUUCUUGAAAGAGGGAACAAUGUCUCCUCGAGUAGCGAAUAGGAGGGGUGAUGCAUCGGCAAAGAAGGGUUCAAGGGGAAAGAAGGUCACUGCAACAUCACAACCGGAGGUAGUUCCGUCUAUUGUAUCUGAAGAGAGCAAAACUUCCGAAUCAGAGGUUAAAGAGAAGUUAUUGGUGCCUAAGGUUGAAGAAAUGGAAGAGGUAUUACCCACCGCUGAUGAUGACAAGGUUGUUGCUACAGAAGGGGCAUCGUUGACCGCGGAGGUGGCAGAGGAGGAUUCGAAGUUGAUAGAAGAAGUUGUCGAGGAGAAGAGUUCGGAAAUUGUGUCUGAGGACCUUCUCGUUUUGAAUGGGAAGGAUGUCGAGGAAGAGGGAGAUGACUCGCAAGAUAAGCAAGAGGUGGGAGAAAGGAAUGACGGGGACAAAGAAAAUGAUGCAGGUACCAGUGAAGGAGGCAUUUUCUUCUUUAAAUUUGGUUAUCUUAAUCUCCAUAUUAUAAAUUGAUAACUGCUCGAUUGUAUUCAUUUCACUUCUGAAGUUGGUCUGAUGUAUUGCUCUUUAUAUUGCAUUCACUUUUGUUGGUCGCACCUUCCACAUUGAGAAAAUGUUAAACUAUCCAUCAAACGGGAGAGGGGAAAGUUAUUUUAGGUAUUGGAAAGGUGUGCCUGUAGAAUAUAUUUGGAUCA